CCUCCCUCCCCUCUUUCUCAGGUUGUAUAAAUAUCCCCAGUGAAGAGUGCUUGGGCUCAGAGUCACUAGCUGCAAACAAGGGGCACCAACCUAUCUGACCCCAGAUCAGAAGGAACCACCACCACCUCCCCACAUCAUUAAGACAACUGCAAAAACCCAACAACAACACCAGAUCAGAAGGGAGAGCCUCUGAAGUAAAGACCGCAGAGCGAAGAAGGGGUGAGAGGUCAGGGUCAAGACAUUUCAAAGCUCAUCACAUCAUCUCGGGUUGCAGCGGCGUGCCCCCGAGAGGAAGGCAGAGAGGAAACAAAUUAGUGACGGCGCUAAAGAAGACGCGAAACAGGACGACGUGUCAACGAGGGAAAGAAGAGAGGAAAAAGAAGGAGGACACAAAUCUAAAUCCGAAGACUCAUCUGAAGAAGCAGCCCACACAGAAUAAGACUCUCUCUCUCUCUCUUGUUACCUGAACAGGUCUGUGCCCCAGUUCCUCACAUCUGUGUGUGAGUAUGUUGUCUUUGGUCACACUGGUGUGUGCCUCCUGCCUGCUCCUGGGGGCUCAGGGGCAGGACCGGGCAGCCAUGUGGAGGGGGAAUGACCGCAGCGGCCGCUGCCAGUACACCUUCACCGUCAGCAGCCCCACCGAGGCCAGCUGCCCCACCCAAGCUGGAGGUCCAGAGCUGGAGGCUCUCAAGUCCAGGCUAAGCCUGCUGGAGGUGAUGGUGACACGGUUGACCGGCGGACAGACGGGGCCGGUGGACCAGCAGCAGGGGCUCCAAGAGUCAUACAGCGAGGCCAUGGGGGAGAAAGCUGAGCUCCAGAAGGAGAAGGACAGGCUGGACAGGCUGGUCCAAGAGCUCCAGAGGAGGCUGGAGGAGUCCCGGCAGGAGGCUGAGAGACUGAGGAGCAGACCCUGCAUCCAGGGCAGUUCACAGCAGCAGGACAGCGGCCUCCGGCCCGGGGGAGGUUCCAGUGUCCUUUCCCAUCUUCUGCCUAGUGGGCAGAGUAGCAGUCUAAGAGACCCAUCCUGGCAUUAUGGAGUUCCGGGGUACCAAGAGCUGAAGGCAGAGGUGACCGAAGUACCUGUACCAACAACUGCAGGCAUUGAGGACAGCACAGGUUGUGGUGAGCUGGUGGCCAUUGGAGAGCCCAUGACCCACCGCAAGGCUGACACCAUCGCCGGCAAAUACGGCGUCUGGAUGCAGGACCCCGAGGCUGCGGCGCCCUAUGGCCCGAGCAUGGCGUGGCGCAUCGACACGGUGGGCUCGGAGGUGCGCCAGCUCUUCGGCUACGAGGACAUGGAGCAGCUGGCGCGUGGCUACCCCACCAAAGUGCUCCUGCUGCCCGAGGCCGUGGAGAGCACCGGGGCCACCAUGUACCGCGGCUCGCUCUACUACCAGCGCCGCCGCAGCCGCACCCUGCUGCGCUACGAUCUGUCCACGGAGAGCAUCGCUGCCCGCCGCGACCUGCCCCACGCCGGCUUCCACGGCCAGUUCCCCUACUCCUGGGGCGGCUACACAGACAUCGACCUGGCCGUGGACGAGCAGGGCCUCUGGGCCAUCUACAGCACCAACAAGGCCAAGGGGGCCAUCGUCAUCGCCCAGCUGGACCCCCACAGCCUGGAGGUGCUCAAGACCUGGGAGACCAACAUCCGAAAAGUCACGGUGGCCAACGCCUUCAUGAUCUGCGGCCGGCUCUAUACGGUGGCCAGCUACGCCGCGGCAGAAACCUUCAUCAGCUACACCUUCGACACGGCCACCAAACAGGGCAAGACGCUGUCGGUGCCGCUGAAAAACAAAUACCGCUACAACAGCAUGAUAGACUACAACCCAGUGCAGCGGAAGCUGCUUGCCUGGGACAACUACCACAUCGUCUCCUAUGAUGUCCGACUGGGCAGGCAGCAGCAGAGGGCAUGAAUCUCCCUAGAUGACAGGUGAAACACGUGCAGCUCUAGUAACAUAUGGGUACUGCAGCACUCAAGGCGCAGCGUGCAGCAACAAGCCCUGAAUACUCAAGCAUCCGCAGAGUAGCACUCUUAGAGCACAGCAUUCACAAUAUGGCGCAUUUCAUUACAGACCAAAUACGUCACAAACGGCAUACCAAAUAGAAAAAAUAAACCAAUCAAUUACAUAUUAAGUACUAUUGAUAAUGUAUAAAUAUGAGUAUUUAAAGAACAAAGACCAAACCUAAAUCAUACACAUUGGAUGCAGAACUGAUUUCAAGUCAGUUCCAGGAUAAAUAUUUUUACACCACACCUGCUGGACAGUUAAGCUUGAUAGAAUGUGUUGGGCACUAACAUACCUCUAAGUGUGUACCAUGUUAGUCGGAUGUCCAGUGAGCGUACUAAGACUGAGGGGUGUGCUUUUCGAAAGUGUAUAGUAGUGAGUGUGGUGCCCCCUGCAGGCUAUUUGUGUUGGUAGGGAUUUUUAUUUUUCUCUCUCAGUCCACAUAAAGUAUUUUCAAGAAAAAAAUAUUUUUCUACCUUUGCUUGUAAAUCUUUUGUCUUGUUUGUGUUUUCAUAUAUGGCACUGAAUAAGGUGUUGAGGGAGUUAGGAACAAACAAAAAUUAAUUCAUGUUAAUAUUUUUCAUUUCCCAAAGCUAAAUAAAAUUUGUCAUUUUAGUGGAACACAUGCAAAAACAUCUUCCAAGAGAACCAUGUUUGGAAGCAAAAGUCACACCCAAAUAACUAAAGUCAGCGUCUUCCUCCCUCAAAUCCUGCAAAAUGUUUAUAGUAUGAUGAUCUCUACAAGCAUGAUGAGACUGCCUUACGCCUCCUGUUGUAUUUUAAGCAUAAAUUAUGUACAAAUGCAUUAAAUAAAGAUUAUCCGUACCAUGUCAAA